AUGGCCGGCUGGUUCGGCUAUAAUGCCGCCAACACUGAACUCGAUGCGCAGAUCGAGAGAGCAACCUCGAGCUCUCUGGAAGAUAUAGCCCUCAACCUCGAGAUCAGCGAUGUCAUCCGUAGCAAGACAGUCCAGCCGAAGGAGGCAAUGCGCAGCCUCAAGCGCCGCAUAGGCAACAAGAACCCCAACGUGCAACUCGCUGCCUUGAACCUGACCGACACCUGUGCCAAGAAUGGAGGCUCACAUUUCAUGGUCGAAAUAGCGAGCAGAGAAUUCGUGGACAACCUGAUCAGUAUCCUCAAGGCGGGCGGCUACGCCGAGACCAACAACGACGUCAAGGCAAAGAUCCUUGAGCUCAUACAGAAUUGGGCAUCUGCUGCACAAGGUCGCGACAGCCUCACCUACAUCUCCGAGACGUACAGGACACUACAGCAUGAAGGCUUCCGCUUCCCGCCCAGACAGGAGGUGGCCGCAAGCAUGUUCGAUUCCUCCGCGCCGCCCGAGUGGGCCGACAGCGAUGUCUGUAUGCGAUGUCGAGAGAAGUUCACAUUUACGAACCGAAAGCACCAUUGUCGAAAUUGUGGCAACGUCUUCUGUGGUACAUGUUCCAGCAAGUCGCUGCCCCUGCCGCAUCUAGGAAUAAUGCAGCCUGUACGGGUGGAUGACGGGUGCUACGCUAAGCUCACAGAGAAGAGUCGGGGGACACCUGGGCCGAGAAGCCCUACUGUUGAUCAGAAGACGCUGUGGCAAGGCUCGAACAUGGGAUCGGAGAGGAUGCAGCCCAGAGGUGCGCGGGUAACGGAAGAUAGCUUUGACGCCGAUUUGAAGAGAGCGCUGGAGAUGAGCUUGGAAGAGAGCAAAAGCCACGCAGGGGCCGGAUACGUACCACAAUCCCAGCUGCAGACACCGAAGCCACAAACAAAUGGUACCAACAAGAGCGCACCGAAGCAGGAGGAAGAGGAAGAUGCAGAUCUGAAAGCUGCCAUCGCUGCAAGCCUGCAGGAUAUGGAGACACAGAAGAAGAGACAUGCAAAGGAGCUGAAAGAGCAAGCAUCUUCGUCUACGACAACAGCACCAGCUCAAUACAAGCCUAAUAAUCAAUUUGAGCUGACUCCGGUGGAAGCUGAGAACAUUAACCUUUUUGCUACUCUGGUCGAUCGACUGCAACACCAACCGCCUGGGACGAUUCUUAGGGAGCCUCAGAUCCAGGAGCUAUACGAGAGCAUUGGCACAUUGAGACCGAAGCUAGCGCGGACGUACGGCGAGACAAUGAGCAAGCAUGACACUUUGCUAGAUCUGCAUUCAAAGCUUGCUACCGUGGUCAGAUAUUACGACCGCAUGCUGGAAGAGCGCAUGGCGAGCGCGUAUGCCUCGGGACGUUACGGAACGCAACAACGCUCGAGUAUGUAUCCCGGCAUACCCACUGCAGCGGAGACAAACUCAAGCGGCAUGGAGAGCUAUUACACUGGCAACACUGCUCACAUGGACGUAUAUGCACCUCCUCAGCAACCUCAAGGCGGAUAUGGGGGAUAUGCUCCACCGCAGCAAGCUCCAUACCCAUCUUUCGACAAGCGCGUAUCUUCUUAUGGAGCGCCACCGCCCGAGGCAUCGUAUUACCAGCAACCGCAGCAAGGCUAUACGCCCCAACAGCAGCCGGCUCAAACACCUUACCCGCAGCAAGGCCCGCCCGAACAGCCUCCUCAGUUGCAGCGGCGCGAAUCUGCUCGGCACUACUCUCAAACUUCGUCCCAAUACGCACCCAGCCACGCUUCACAACAUUCGAAUCCUCCGGUAUCUUCGCCUCAGGCAGACCCAGCAGCCAGCUUCUACUUUGGCGAUCAGCACCAGCAACAGCCUUCCGCUCCUCCUCCGACAUCUGCACCUCAUCAACCGUCUAGUCCUGAAAUGUAUCAUCAACAACCACCUCCGCAACAACAACAUUAUCAGCCACAGCCACAGCCGCAGCAGCAGCAACAACCGCCCCCUCAGCAGUAUCAACAACCUGCGCAGCAAUACCAAGCUCCCCCGCAACAACCACCGUCGCAGCAGUAUUAUCCUCAGCAGAUGCCUCGACAACAACCUGCUCCUACUGGUGCUUCGGCUCAACAAUGGCCCCAAGCGCCUGCUGCGCACGGCGGAUAUGGACAAGAGGCUUUCCCGACCGCACCGCAGCAUGCGCCGCAGGUCAAGGAAGAAAGCUUAAUUGAGUUGUAG